CGCUCAAUGCACUGCUGCUGUCCAGAGCAUCACUGCAGAGUUAGACAGAGAGCGCGUGAAGAGAACAGCAGCAGUAGCAACUCCCGCAGCAGCAUCCUGCAGCCUCGCCUGGACAUUACACUUCAGCUGAACUACUAGACGAAGACUAAUUUAGCAACCUGUCUGUCUCCUCACCAGAUUCAUUUCAGGCAAUUAUUAAAGGACAGGCUCCUUGUUGUUUAUCACCUCUAAAGUAUCUGUGGAAUGUGGUGUGACACAAUGAGGAUCCUCGCACUGCUUCUGGGGGUGAAAGCCGCGUGCAUCCUGCUGGUUUCUUCGCUCUCAGGCACGGGGGCAGUCAACAAUAGCGGCCGGUGGUGGGGGAUUGUGAAUGUAGCCUCUUCUGCCAACCUCCUCACCAACUCCAAGAAUGUCCAAUUGGUUUUAGACCCCAGCUUGGCCCUGCUGAGCCGACGCCAACGGCGCCUAAUCCGUCAGAACCCAGGGAUACUCCAUGCUAUCUCAGCUGGCCUGCACACUGCUAUCAAGGAGUGCAAAUGGCAGUUCAGGAAUCGCCGCUGGAAUUGCCCGACCACCCACAGCCCGGCAAUAUUUGGCAAAAUCGUCAACCGUGGUUGCCGAGAGACAGCGUUUGUGUUUGCAAUCACCAGUGCAGGGGUGACCCACGCGGUUGCCCGCUCCUGCUCUGAGGGGGCCAUUGAGUCGUGUACCUGUGAUUAUCGUCGCCGGGGGCCUGGAGGCCCGGACUGGCACUGGGGUGGGUGCAGUGACAAUGUGGACUUCGGCCGGAUGUUCAGUCGGGAAUUUGUGGACUCGAGUGAGAGAGGAAGGGAUCUUCGAUACCUCACCAACCUUCACAACAAUGAGGCAGGGAGAAUGACGGUCUCAUCAGAGAUGCGCCAGGAGUGUAAGUGUCAUGGCAUGUCAGGCUCAUGCACCGUGCGGACCUGCUGGAUGCGCCUCCCCAGCUUCCGCGCCGUGGGGGACUUCCUGAAGGACCGCUUCGAUGGAGCCUCCCGCGUCGUCUAUGCCAACAAAGGCUCCAAUCGUGCCUCCCACCGUGCCGACCCACGCCACCUUGAGCCCGAGAACCCCGCCCACAAACCACCGUCGUCCAGGGACCUGGUCUACUUUGAGAAGUCGCCCAACUUCUGCUCCUACAAUGGCAAGACGGGCACCCACGGUACCUCUGGGAGGACCUGUAACAGUUCGUCUCCGGCACUCGAUGGUUGUGAGCUGCUGUGCUGCGGCAGGGGUUUCAAGACCCGGACGGAGAAGGUCACAGAGAGGUGUCACUGUACUUUUCACUGGUGCUGCCACGUUAGCUGCCUCAACUGCACGAGCACACAGACCUUACACCAGUGUCUCUGAUCCCGGGAAACCUGGAGGACAUGGGUUGGGAGACUGGAGUGUGUGGACAGAUUGAAUGCCGGGAGCGCUAGAGUAUAAAUAUAUAUAAAAGUAGGGGAUAAAGAAGCACAAUGCCGAUUACAGGGUGUACAACGUGGGCGUGUGUGGCGCGUGCACAGGCAUGUGCUUGCGUGCGCUUCCUCCAAACGGUGGUACCGUGACAGUUGUUAGUGUGCUCACUAGGUAUUUAAAUGUUGUCGCCAUUCAACCAUGUAGAUUGGAAUGGAAACCAAUCCUCACUAUGGCAACAAAUGUUACAAGACCAGAGACUGAUUGGGUAAAAGGAAGUACUUACACAGGAAAUUGAAUUGUGGCAAGAGAUAAACAAGCGAAAUUAGUCGGAGAGAGACUGGGAUUUAAGGCUCUUGCCCUCUUCGACCUUACAAGAUACUGCAGGAGUAAGGGGAGAGCGGACACUGUGUCAGACAGAUGUCUCUGUGGCAAAGGAACCACAAGCACGGUCUCUCAUAAACCGGUGAGGAACUCUAACAAGAGGGUGUUUAUUUUAGACAUCCCUGUUUUGUUUUCAUUUGCUUGCCGUUCUACUAUUCUCACAUAGAACUGUGUGAAGUUACAAUCUCCCGGGAUGUGCAGUCCUCUCCCCCCAAUUGCUAUGUACUUUGGUCCUGGACGAGGGCCAAGCCGUUAUGAUUUCCCUUCUUGCUCACCACACUCGCCCUCUUUGUUUAGAUUGCUCUGGAAUCCGCUACACCUCAACCCGGAGUUACCGCGGCGAUUUUCUGAACCACGGUUACUGACGUUAAAUUGCUCGACGUUGUAGCCGCGUCCAAGGAUAACACAAACAUUUUAGACAAUUUUAUGUCAACCUGGAAUUCAUUAGGACAGGAUCUGUAACGUGUCUGAAUGGUUUGAAUGUAGUGCCAAUACACUGAAUUAGAUUAAAUAAAGUAGAUGUAUGUGUUGGUAGGAGAUCGAUAGUGGCACUCCAGGAGAACUGAGUUUGACCUGCUAAUUAGUGAGGUUGCAGUCAACCCUGCAGCCUAUUACUAUUAUCCUAUGGUAUACCUUCUAUGCUGACAAAGACUCAAGACAUUGCUCUGCUUGGGCAAAAACACAUGGUUUGUGUAGUAUAAUCUAAUAUCAUAUUUCUCAAGUUUACAGUGGACAGACAGAAGGUUUUACAAUUUAGCAGUGCACAUAGAAAUAGAUAAAUAAAACUGUUUCCCCCAUUGUGAAGCUGUCAGAGUUAAUUAGCACCAUUUAUCCAUUAUAUUUCUAUGGCUGUGCCCUAUAAAUUCAAGGGAAAACCUUAAAAAAAACUGCCACUACAAAGGGUGUAUGUAUUAUAUAUCAGCUAAAAGAAACCAAAAAGUUGUAAAUAAUAUGUAUAGAAAUAUAUAUAUAGAAAUAUAUAUUUAUGCUGAAGUUACUUGCAAUGUUAGAGAAGAAUGAAAUGUGCACCUGUUACAAGCCAAUGGAUGAAACAAGAAAAUGUUCUAUCAAUAGUGAUGUCAAGCAAUGUUUUUAUUGAACUGUUAUUCAAGUCUGUUAGCAUACACAGAUUUGUCAAGGGCCGCAAACAGAAGUUCGUCUUUCUACUUUCAAAAUUUUCCCUUAACACAUGUUUGUCAUGCACUGAAUAUUACCAUCCUGGUCUAUGUAAAUACAAAAAUAUUUAUUAUUACUAUGGAUGUUUUAUACUGUUAUA